UGCUACUCUGACGAGCGAUAGCGAUAACCGCGAGACGAAGAAGAAAAGGAAAAUAAAUUUUCGUGAAACUACGCUGUGCAUAAAAAAGUGAAUAAAUCGGUGAAAACGAAGCUGAAAACAUAGUAAAUGUUGAAAUAGUUUGGAGCGAAGUGUAAAAGACGCAAAAUACAUUUUAAAAGACUAUAUAACGGAAUUUUGUAAAGCUCGAAAAUUGUUAAGGUAGCAGUGGUAGUGACUAUAUGUCCAGGCCGCGUUCAUCUGUAAAAGCCGUGCAACACAGGCACGAGUCAAGCGAGGAGGAGGACGACGAAGAGGAGCAGCGCUCUCCGCGUCGCAAUAUGCAUUCAUACGGGGAUUCGAGCAUGGGCAGCGGUGUGCCCGCCUUUCUGGCCAAGCUCUGGCGUCUGGUGGAGGACCCCGAAACCAAUCAUUUGAUUUGUUGGACAAAGGAUGGCCACAGCUUUGUCAUACAAAACCAGGCGCAAUUCGCGAGGGAACUACUGCCGCUCAACUACAAGCACAACAACAUGGCCAGCUUCAUCAGGCAGCUGAAUAUGUAUGGAUUCCACAAGAUCACAUCGAUUGAGAAUGGCGGCUUGCGGUUCGAUCGCGACGAGAUUGAGUUCUCCCAUCCGUUCUUCAAGCGCAACUCUGCGUAUCUGCUGGACCAAAUAAAGCGAAAGAUAUCCAACAACAAGAAUGUGGAUGACAAGGCGGUGAUGAAGCCGGAGGCUGUGUCCAAGAUAUUGAACGAUGUGAAGGUGAUGCAGGGCCGGCAGGAUACCAUGGACUCGCGCUUCUCAGCCAUGAAGCAGGAGAACGAAGUGCUGUGGCGCGAGAUCGCCAGUCUUCGGCAGAAGCAUUCGAAGCAGCAGCAGAUAGUCAACAAAUUGAUACAGUUCCUCAUUUCGAUCGUGCAGCCAUCAAGGAAUAUGUCGGGAGUGAAGCGGCACAUGCAGCUCAUGAUCAAUGAUACGCCGGAAAAUGCACGCGCGCGUACCACCAGCGAAACGGAGAGCGAAGGUGGCAGUGGCCCUGUUAUACACGAGCUCAGCGAGGAGCUGCUAGACGAAGUAAUGAAUCCCUCGCCUAAUCGAUACGCCAACACCGCUCACUAUGACCAGGAGAGCGCCUCUCCGCACUCCGUUGAGCGUCCACAGUCAAUAAAUUUUGACUACUCCAAUCAGAGCGUCGAGGACUUGCUGCGGACUAACAAUGGAGGAGGUGGCAAUCUUCUGCAAGUGGGAGCUGGAGCUGCCUCCCCUCUGGCCGCUAGCUUGAGCCAGUCGCCGGCUGAACAAAUUGCCUAUACAGUGACCGAGCUCCCGGAUACUCAUGUCCAAGAGGUGUCCAGAAGUCCUGUCUACACCGAUGAGCAUAAUGUGCUCACGCCCCUGGUGCGUGAACAGCAGCGUGAGGAGGAGCGCCAGCAGCGCCAGCAGCUGAAGGAGAAAAACAAACAGCGGCGACAGGCCGGGGACCAAUUGCUUGCCGCCAACGCCAUCUUAGUCGAAGAAGGCUCUCCCAAGACUGUGCGCACGCGCUCCCAGCUCAAAACGGAUUCACAGUCCAAUGUGAUGCCGCAGCCUGUAUUCAUCAAGACAGAGCCCGAGCCCGAUACCGGAUUGCUAGACCUGAUGAAUGGCACGGACUCGGACAUGUACAACGUGAACUUUAUCAGCGAAGAUAUGCCGUCGAAUAUAUUUGAGGACUCCUCAACGCUCUCGACUGAUGUGGGAGGGGCUGACAAGCUGAAUCAGCAGCAGACAUUCGGCAAGUCCACAGUCGGCAGUGGAAAGUUUGCUGGCAACUUUGAUGUGCCCAUCACUGGCAGUAGCAGCAGCAGCAGCAGAUCUCUGCUAGACGCCAAUCAGGCAUCCACUUCGAGGGCAGCGGCAGCCACAAAGGCCACAGCCACUGAGGGCGAGGCAGCAGCCAUGGCUGUGGCCAAGUAUGCGGGCGAAAACAGUGCUGUUCGGGAGGGGAGCAAUGGUCCUCUGAUAAGGAUUAAUUCUGUGUUAGUAGCUGAGAAGCCUUUAUUAAGCCCCAGAGCGGUAGACAAUAAUCAAGAGGCCAUAUCCCCUUCUUACUGUUACAGUGACGAUGUCCAUGGGCAUUUGGAUAAUGUGCAAGAUGAGCUUGAGACCCUCAAGGAUUUGCUGCGUGGCGACGGCGUCUCCAUCGAUCAGAACAUGCUCUUGGGUGCUCUGGCUAGGACGUCCAUUUUGCAGCUGACCGAAGACGACCAGUUGAUAAAGCUCUUCAAUGACUCGGAACUACUGGACACCUACGGCCUAUCGUUUCCCAUUGACAGCAUGAGCGGUGACAAGAAAGCUUCGAACGGUUCGCAAAUGAUGGCCUAUCAGCCCAGCCCGUACGAUCUAUCCGACAUACUGGACACAGACGACAAUGAAAAGAGCCAGGAGCCCAUCAGUCGUCAGUCGUUUCAAACGCAGAGUUCAGUUUUGAAUACACCGCGACACGAUUUUUAAUUCAGAGAAUUUUGAGAGAAAUUGCAUCACCCAAUAGCUGCUCAGAAAAUGAACAAAUGAGCAGUUAGAAGUUUUCGAAGUGUUGAUUAUCUCUUAUACUUAUUAGUUGAUCUAUAUUUGUAAUCAAAUUAAUAUUAAUAUGAAUAUUCAUUGAUGUCUCUGUAUGUGCCUUUUGCACUAUAUAUAUAAUAUAUAGCCCUAACCCUAACCAUAGACCCACUCUAGUUGUAUAGACGAGAAGAAGAACCAGUUUAAUAUUUACGAGAUAUUCAGUUUUUUAAUCGGUGAAAAGUGCGAGAGCCCCCCACAGACACACGCACACGUGUCGGGUCUCUCCGUUAGAUAAAUUUGUAGUUUUUGCGCUAAACGAAGAUAACGAUUAAAUGUUACUCUGAUUUGUAUACAAGGUAUAAGAUCCUUAUCUUUUUUUGUAGUUUAUACGUUUUACACACUAAUUUUAAAAUAAUGGAAUAAUAAAAUACAUACUAUUCUGUGCUGCAUCCCUCGCGAGCAGCAAUUGAAA